AUGGAUAGCACCUUGUCAACCACACUGGCAGGCUUCCAGCAAGCAGUCACCACGUUCUGUACCAACAACAAUUUGGCAACACUGCCACAGCACGCACACCAAGUCCUCACGUGCUUUCUCGUCUAUGAAGGAUUGUUCCUGAUCGUGUCGCCUCUACUUUCCGAAAGACUCCUUCCCAACAUUUAUGGUCGCUUUCCCAAACGUACGAAACUGAACUGGGAUUCGCGAGUCGUCUCGUUUGUCCAGGCCACCUUUGUCUCGUACAAGGCUCUGCAGGUCAUCAUCGGAGACGGUGUUCGACAUGGCGAGAACGCGACUACAGAGGCUGCUCGAAGCAGUAUGACUCGCGACGAUAGGCUAUGGGGUUAUUCUCCUUCCACCGGCGAUAUACAGGCAUAUGCAGCGGGAUACUUUCUGUGGGACGUGCUGCUCUGUGUCCGAUACCUGGACAUUCAGGGAAUAUCUGCUCUUUUACAUGCCGUGUCUGCUCUGAUUAUCACCGUGAUGGGCUUUCGCCCGUUCGCCAACUUCUACGGCAUCAACUUCAUCCUCUACGAACUGUCGACCCCAUUCCUGAACAUCCACUGGGCUCUCGACAAGGCCGGCCAAACAGGCUCGACGCUCCAACUCAUCAACGGCAUCUGUCUUGUCCUGUCCUUCUUCGGCUGUCGUCUCCUGUGGGGAAACUACCAGACCAUGAACUUGUCGCUGGACGCCUGGUCCGCAUGGAAAGCAUCAAACGACGCGCAAUGUCUGGGUUUGGAGUCAAGCUCUGGCCCUAAAGGCUCAGCCUUGCCACUUUGCAAGAAGGACUUCCCAGUCAACCUGUUGCUGGUGUAUCUCGUGGGAAAUACCGUCUUGAGCGCGUUGAACGUAUACUGGUUCUCGCUGAUGUUGAAGGCCUUGAGGAAACGCUUUUCGCCAGCCAGUACUGGUGUGUCGCAGUCUUCAAAACGUGGCAAGAAAGAAUGA